GUCCUGCUCCGGCUGAUGCUGCCGGUGGGGCUGGAGCUGCCCCGGGUGCUCGGGCUCCUCUCGCUGCUGCACAGCCCGCGGCCAAAGCCCGUCUGGCCGCCCUGUUCUCGGCAAACGCUGCCACCGGGAGCCGGCCCCGCUCCGAGGCGGUGCCCGGGGAGGCGCAUCCCGGCGAGGGGCAGCCCGGCCCCUUUUCCCUGGCGCAUCUCCCGGCCCUGGAGCCGCGGGAGGAUGAAGCAGGUAGAGGGGCGGGCGGGGCGGGAUGCUCGGGGGGCGGCGCGGCCCCCCCGGCCCUGUGCGCUGACCGGGUCCCCGCCGCAGGCGCUGGUGGACGACACCGAGGAUGUGUCCCUGGAUUUCGGGAGCGAGGAGGAGCUGGCGCUGCGGAAGGCGCGCAUCAGGCACCCACUGGCCACCUUUUUCCACCUGUUUUUCCGAGUGAGUGCUAUUGUUACCUACUUGUUCUGUGACUGGUUCAGCAACAGCUUUGUUGCCUGUUUUGUCACUAUUCUCCUCCUCCUAUCCUUUGACUUUUGGUCAGUCAAGAACGUGACAGGAAGACUCUUGGUUGGUUUGCGUUGGUGGAACCAGAUUGAUGAAGAUGGAAAAAGCCACUGGGUGUUUGAAGCAAAAAGGGUGUCUACAAUUGCUGCCUCAACUGAAGCUGAAGCCCGAAUCUUUUGGCUUGGUCUCAUCAUCUGCCCCGUGAUUUGGACACUGUUUCUCUUUAGCACCUUGUUCUCCUUGAAGCUGAAAUGGCUGGCUCUUGUGAUAGCUGGGAUCUCCCUGCAGACUGCUAAUUUGUAUGGCUACAUCCACUGCAAAUUAGGGGGACAAAAAACCAUCAGCAGAGUAACUUCGAGGUUGUUUGGCACAGCAGACGUUCCCCAGAGGCAGAGCAGGAGGAUUUCAGAAGAUGGAACUGAAGAACAUGGCAAGGCAGUCCCUAGGUAAUCAAACAAGGAAGAACUCAAAGGAUGAGCAGUAAAACUAAUUCAUGAAAGCUGUUCUUCAUGUGAAGAUAUUUAAAUAAAGCUCUUCUAGAAUUA